AAAACAACUGAGAGGUCUUCUUGCGGUAUCGGAAGAAGAAAAAGCCUGCCAAGAUGAACGUGUCACAACUGUUCAAGAACGUGGCCAACCUCCCCUUUUAGACCAAUUACUAGCCUUGCCGUUGCCACGACUAGAAGGGAGACUUCUAGACUUUGCGAAAAAACUAGAGGAUGACUCUAUUCUUCUACCUGAGCCGGUGGAAGCGGAUUUUGUGACGGGUUUCAAGCAAAGACGCAGCUUGCAGAUGGCAGAGCAAUUGAUCUCUAAAGUUUACUGUCGUCCUGGGGAGAGCGCUGGCAGAAAGGACAAUGUAAAUGACUUUUGCAGACGACGAUAUGAGCAGGUCAUCGAUGAGCCCAACCCAAACCCGACCACAAGCCCCACAGCAACAUCAUCAGAGUACACUAUCCCACUCGACGAAUCUCUGACCAACGACCUUCUCCAUAUGCUGAGAUCCGAAGAGGCAGAGAAGCAGAUCUGGAAAGAAAAUGUACGCCAAGGAGUCGACUCAAACGGUUAUGCGGUUCUCAAACUGCCUCAUUGUUUGGGAGCAGAGCAAAGGCUUCGAGGGCGCGUGUUUCUGCUGUGCGAGAAGAUAUUGAGAAAAGCGUUGGCUCUGGCUGGGAAGAAGGGAGAGAAGGUAGAAGGAGAUGAGCGGAUUCUAGGAGAUUCCGAAAGUCGAAGAUCUACCAGUCCCGGCAGUAGUCCUGGCAGUGGAACACCAGUUUCUUUGAAGGAUACACCAGACAUAUCAAGAUCAAGUAGCUGCAGUCCGGUGGUAGAAGUCGACGCAGAGGACGGAUGUGAAGCUGAAGGGAUGUCAUCUUCUUCCUCCAGCCGCGCUCUUGCUCUCAGCACACCUUCAAGUGUAAUCCCUUCUUCACCGAACGAUGCAGAGUUCAUUUUCACUGCCAUUGCCUUGACGAAGAACUUUAAGGGCUCGCCUCACAUAGACCAGAACGAUCGCGGACCCCAGUAUGUCUUCAGUAUUGGCAGUUACAAACCAAUAGGUGUUGAUGUUGUAGGAAAAAAAAGUGGUGGCAGCAUCCUGCGUGGUGCUCUCUGUGUUGAGAGCGAAGAUUGUUGUACGGUUCACAUAGUGCCAACGAAAAACCGAUUGGCGAAAGUUGACGGGCGGUAUCCACACUGGGUGUCUUACUGGGGUGGUAAUACGACUAGUGCUGGAGAAGUAGAAGCAGAAGAUCGUUAUUCUGUUGUCUUUUAUCGUAGCACCGGCGAAGUAGAUCCACUUGGAAAAGCUUUGCUAACACCAUAAGAUACGACCGCAAUGUUGACGCCCUAGAAUGCGAUCCUCCUAAUUUAUUACCUUCGACAAAGAAAAAGAU